UCGCUUCUUCCGAACAGCACGUACAAAACUCUGUCUCCACAAACAAGUGAUCUGCGCGCUGCCGUUCCUUUGUUUAGUUCUGCUACAUUGGCUUUCUUUUUGAUUGUGCGAAGAAAUGGAAGGCAAUACCAUUGCAGCGCAGCUGCGAAAGGCUAACUCUGAAGGUGGACCUUGUGUGAUGCGUGUUAACACGGCCGUGAUUGACUUUGCAUCCUGUGUCCCGCGCCCCCCGAUACGUGAAGUCGAAAAAAUAAUCAAAAGUGAAAUGAGAAUCAAUAUCGAUGAAGUGGAUAGUAUACAAAUGCAUCAUGUGCGCAAUUGUGUGCUGAUAACAUUCAAGCUACUCGAUGCCGCUGAAAAAUUUAUAAACGAAAAUAACAUGAAACAUCGCAUUCGGAAUGAGCAGUUAAACUAUUUGAUUCCGGUGUAUAUGGAAGACAAUGCUAUUGAUGUACGCAUCCAUGACCUUCCAAGGGCGUUUAGUCCGAGGUCAAUAGAACGUGUGAUAGGCGAGUAUGGAGAAGUUUUGUCUAUUAGACACGACACGUGGAAAAACUUCUUUCCGGGAGUUUACAAUGGCGUACGUAUUGUGCGUAUGCGUUUAACCAAACCAAUACCGAGUUUUGUCACAUUUGCCGGUCGAACCUACUCCGAACAAAGUUUGGUUACCUACAAAAACCAACGCGCAACUUGCCAAUGGUGUGGCUUAGAAGCUCAUCCGGGAAACCCCUGCAACAAAGCGGUACAACACAGUUCGUCAUCCUCGACAGCCAACGACGAAAAUAGAAGUAAACAGUCAUCAAAGAAAUUACCAUCAACGGAAACAACGAAGACAACAACACAAAAUCCAAAUGCGAAACUGCCAACAACUAAAACAGCAACGGAAAAAACAUCGGUCCAAGAUACAUCAGCGCAAACUAAGGACAACUUACCUGAUACUGAUGCCAUCGAGUUUAAAGAGAUAAAACGAAGACUCCGAAAGUACAAAACCUCGAAUGGAAGCGAUAGCGAGAUGUCAGCCAGCGAGAACGACAUGAUUUGCUCUGACCCGGAGGCAGGCAAGAAUAUUGGUUCACCUCCCCGGAAAAGGACCACGACGCGCAGUAACAACCGAAAUGGCCCAACAACAAGAAAACCAAAUGCAACAAAUAAUAAUAUACAGCAGCAGUAGCGUUUUUUAUUUUAUUUUUUGUAUCUGGCACCGUAAACCUAGAGGUAUUGUGCCGUGUCAAAUAAACGAGUUAAUAAAAAAAAUAUAUAAACUGAAAGGAUGUCACCUGCUUAACGUGCAAUGCACCCCCCGUGGUAGUUUACCGGCAUAACUGUACUCCUCUGGCAAAUCGCACAUCUUCGCCAUUUGAUCAGUUUACGCGGUCGCGCAUUGGUAGAAAAAUGUCAACCGAUGUUUUUAUUUUCACUCUGAUAGUGCACCUGCCGCCGCGAAUGGAAUAAAAACUAAAACUAUCAUGCUACGCCAAUCCGAUACGCGGCGAUUCUUCGGAAAUUUUCCCACUCAGAAGCGGCUCAAUGUGGCCACCGCGGCAUUACUCCUUCGCGAAUCGAAAGCGCAACAUCAAAGGUACUGCACUGGAGGACGGGGUGCGGCGAUGCUCUGCUAAUAACAGCUUAAAACCGUGUUGCAUAGUGGUACGAGAGGCGUUUCGUGCUGGCUAAACUGCUGUUGCAAAAUGGGUUUACUUAACCUCCAAAUUAUUCGAUUCGAUGCCUUCUUCUCCAUGUAAAUAAAAUUUCCGGCUACGGGCCUGUGUCCAAUUGUAUUCUAGUAACGUUCCGUGACAUCUCAUUAUACGCUGUUCUAUAGAGGCAUAACGCGGUCAAUUCCAUUCAAUCUGGACAUGAAACUGAUAAAUCUUUCGGAUGUUUUAUCGCCGUCUUUCUUUGUUAUAUGUGAGCAUGUGACGAUCGACGAUCGAUGAAAAAGACUCGAGUGGAUGGCUUCUUGAUCCAGCCAAAAAUCGAACCACCAGAAGAAGAAUAGCGCAAGCAAGUGAAAGACAGCGAACGAGAGCGACAAAGAGAGAUGCGGCGGCGCGUCCAAUCGGAACGCAUAUCGGGUGCGCGGUUUCGCUGUUUAGUGAGUCUAAUGGAUGGCAAACACGAGGAAUGGGUUUCUUUUGAUUAGAAUCGAAUCGCUUAAUUCGCCUGUGAACCAACAUCGGCGGUAGCAGACGCGGCCAGCCACACCGACUGCCAGUUGUUUGAUUCAAUUUGCAGCAAUUUUCGGCUCUCGAAUUGGUUUUCCAAUUCGGUCAAUGGGAUGCCGCUGGCUUUUUAUCUACGAUUCUUCAAUUUCGCCCAUAUCCUACAUUCUUCGUUGGCUUUAUCCACAAACUAGAACCGAGGGGGCUCGUGCUGUUCUAUUUAUUUAUUUAUUUGACACAGACUUCACAGUCAGGUUGGGAUUUAAACAUUAGAUUGAAUAAUAUUUUUUGCUCGAACAUCGUCUGCUAUCAAAAUUCAUAACUC